CCGAUGGAGAACAGAACAAAUCCCACGUUGCAGUAGGGGUACCACGCCCGAAUACGGUGCCGACACGACAUGCCUUUGACAGCCAUCAUAUCGGUGUUCCAGGUAGGGCGCGAGCACUCGAGCCGUAAAAGAGGCUCGCAUCAUGUUCCUGGAGAGUUCACCGGGACGGGGUCCAUAACUGUGCCGCUGAAAGAAAGGCCGGGGGAAAGUUUUUGGAGCCAAAGAGGGGUGUCUAAUAAUGCGAUGCUGCCAGGUGGUAUUAUACCGGUAGUAGAAGGAUAAAGCCGACCAGGGCCCGCAUUUUGGGGAGGGGGGUUCUUCGCCAUCCUGCACACCUAUCCAUCAGUCAUUGGUCUUGUGAGCCUUUUUACCAUAAGAUUUCUCCGUCUGCCUGCCUGUCUACGUUCGCUCGGUUCGGAAUGAAGUUCUCAAUUGCUUCUUCAGCAUUCCUCCUUUUUCCACUAGUCGUCGCCGUCGACGCCGUUUCCGUCCCUAUAUUACCACGGGGAGGCAAGGGUGAGGGGGAAGUGAAGAGAGGUUAUGAAUAUGGCAGUGGGCAUGGUGGUAACGGUGAUGGUGGAGGAACAAGCCCGAUGACUUCCGACCCGAAAAGUUUGACCGAUACCUCAGCAGCUCUUAUAGAACUCCACAAGAACCUCUGCGAGAUCCCGUCCGUCGCGCCAAAUGAACUCGAGGUCGGGGAUUGGUUGGCGACGUACCUAGAGUCGAAAUCCUUCACUGUAGAAAAACAGGAGGUCGCAAGGAAUCGUAACAACAUCUUUGCCUACCUAGGAAACAAGAGGCAGACAAAGACUCUAGUGACUAGUCAUAUCGAUGUGGUCCCACCAUACAUCAACUACACAUACCAUUCCAACGGGACCAUAACAGGGCGAGGAACGAAUGACGCGAAGGGAUGCGUUGCUGCGCAAAUCAAGGCUGUUGAGAUCCUCCUCGCGGAAGGCCUGAUAGAAGAAGGCGACGUGGCAAUGCUCUUCGUAGUAGCUGAAGAAACGGAUGGCGCAGGUAUGAUAAAAGCGAACGACCUCGGUUUGGCCUGGGAAUCUGUCAUUUUCGGCGAGCCGACGGAACUCAAACUCUCGCUCGGGCACAAGGGUGUGCUCCGGUUCAUCAUUGAGGCCUUCGGGAAAGCCGUGCACUCCGGCUAUCCGCAACUCGGCACUAACGCUAACGAGCAGCUUGUUGGAGCAUUGUAUAUCCUAUCGAAAAUGCAGCUCCCCGGAUCUGACUUACUAGGCGAUUCCACGUUGAACUACGGCGUUAUGGGCGGUGGUACGGCCCCUAAUAUCAUUUCUUCAUAUGCGAAUGCGAGCGUCGCGAUUCGAUUGGCCGCCGAUCCCUUGCUGGUCCGGGCUUUGGUUAAUGAGACGGUUACGGGCUUGCCUAUUACCUUGACUUGGUUUGAGAGGUUUUAUGGGCCGCAGUAUUUGGAUUGUGAUGUUGAGGGGUUUGAAGUCGAAGCUCAGGCUUAUGGAACAGAUAUUCCGAAUCUAAAGGGCAGUCAUAAGAGAUACCUUUAUGGUCCUGGAUCAAUCUUCACAGCGCACAGUAACGCAGAAUUCGUGACCGUCACAGACCUUGUCGAGUCGGUGGAGGGGUACAAGGCCUUGAUUGUGCACACUCUUUCAUAAUCUAUUAAAAAUUAGUCUAAUAGACAUAAUAUUAUUAUUAUGUAAUAAGAUAGAGCCGGUUUGUAAUAAGGUUUCUGUAAAUAAAGAAAAAAGAGGGUCGGGAAGUUCUUGUAAUGUUUCUGUUGGGAGGUUAUUUUUCCCCUAAAAUUUGUUACCUG